AUGUCAACUCUUAAAACUAUCCUCCUCCUUACUUUCUUCUCUGUUGCAUCCCCUCUCAUCGCUAAUGCAAGCGACCCCGAUAUUAUCACAGACUUCAUCAUCCCUCAAAACCUAACCCUCCCUAUGAUCCUGGAAAGUGGAAACCUCUUCACUUUCAGUGGCCUGCGCAUUUUAUUUGAUGAUAAUACCCCAGAACCUGAUUCCUUCACUGUAUAUAAAGCCUCUGCCUCUGAAUUCCCUGCACUUCUCAGCCAAAGUGUUUCCUUUGCUGUCCUUUUCUUCCCUUUGGAAACUGUAAACCCUCCACAUAUUCACCCGAGAUCUGCUGAGUUACUGCUCUUGAUCAAUGGAAUGUUGGAUGUAGGUUUUGUGGACACACAGAAUAAUUUAUAUACUCAAACUUUGCAGCCUGGAGAUAUGUUUGUGUUUCCUAAAGGAUUGGUCCAUUUUCAGACUUGUAGAGGGAAAGAACCAGCAAUUGCUGUGUCGGGUUUCGGGAGUGCCAAUGCAGGGACCGUGUCGAUUCCUAAAUCAGCGUUUGGUUCAGGGAUUGAUGAUGAGGUGAUAGCGAAGUCGUUGAAAACUGAUGUGUCUAUAGUGCAGAAGAUUAAGGCUGGGUUUUGAUAUUGUUUAAUUGAUAGAAUAUUAAUAAGUUAGGUAAUGUGUGGUUGUGUUUCUAAGCCCGUAAGUGGCCUUUUUCAUGU